CUCCGGCGGCGGCGGCGGGCGGCUCCUCGGGCAGCCUCGGCUUCAGGGGACGCGCUACGGCGGCCGGGUGGCCGGAUUGUGGGAAAAACUGUUGAGACAAUUUCUUCAGGAUCAUAGCGAGGUCCUCAUAGACAUUAAAUUCAAAGGAUACCAUGAUGACAGGCACGAAUGGGAAUAGCUCUGAAGCAACAGCCUUCAGUCAAGUUGCAAUGGACCCUGCAUUUCAGAUGAUAACGGUUACCAAGGAAAUAGGCUUAGGCCUGAAUAUCGUGGGAGGAAUUAACCGCAAUGAAGGGCCCUUGGUAUAUAUUCAGGAAAUAAUUGCUGGAGGAGACUGCCAUAAGGAUGGAAGAUUAAAGCCAGGGGAUCAGCUUGUGACUAUAAAUAAGGAGUCAUUGAUUGGUGUUUCAUUUGAAGAAGCUAAAAGCAUAAUUACUAGAGCAAAAUUAAGGUCAGAAUCUGCUUGGGAGAUAGGGUUCAUAAGACAAAAACUUAGCUCGAGUCAGCAAGAAACCACUCAGUGCUCAUCCCUCUUGCCAUCUUCAGCAGGAUGUGAGGCCCAGGUUUCAGCAUCUUUUAAUUUCCUUUCUCAUCAAGAGAACUCUGAUCAAAAGAUGUCAUCCUCUCCCAAGACUGUAAAUACCACCUUGAUGUCUUUUAAUAAAAGUCAAAUAAAAACCGGAUUCAAGAAAAGAGAGCCGUCUCCAAUUACUACUCCAAACAACAGCCCCACGGAUGUGUCUAAUACAAAUAUUAACCCCAACUGGCCUGAUGACUCUGGACCACAAGGAGAGAAUAUUUCCUUAGAUCCCUCCAUUCGCCUUAAGGUUGAGAAGCUGGAGAUGGCCCUGAAUUACCUUGGUAUUCAGCCCACUGAGGAGGAGCACAAGACCCUGAGGCAGCAGGUGCAGAUAGACUCUAGGGGAACUGUGUCUUUUGGAGAUUUUGUCCAGGUUUCCAGAGAACUAUUCCGCUUACAGCUGAAUGAAGUAGGCGUUGGGCAAAAAUCCACAAUGCUUGAUGCCCGUGAAAUUUCCCAUUUAUUAGACGCACAGCUUCUUGCCUGUGAUUCUUCAGAAGUGGAUGAAGUAGAAAGGUUUAAACGUGAAAGAAACGAUGCUUUGAGAGAAGUCAGCAGACUCAAGGAUAAGCUGCUAGAAUGAAAACAAAGGAAACAGUUAACUGAAGAGCUCCAGAACGUGAAACAAGAAGCUAAAGCCAUUGUAGAAGAAACAAGAGCCUUGAGAAGCAGGCUUCAUCUUGCCGAAGCAGCACAGAGGCAGGCCCAUGGAAUGGAAAUGGACUAUGAGGAAGUAAUUCGCUUAUUAGAGGCUGAAAUUAUGGAGCUGAAGGCUCAGCUCGCUGAUCACUCUGGCCAGAGCAAAGAAAGUUUUCAAGACUUAAGGAAGAGAAUCACAGUGUUGGACUGCCAAUUGCGGAAGUCAGAAACAGCUCGGAAAAGCUUCGAACUCACAACUGAGAAGCUCUUGAACUUUGUUGAGACAAUCCAAGAAGUACUUUCUGAUCAUUCUUCUUCCUUGUCAAAUUUAAGUGACCGAAGAUCGGUGUUAGGUUCUCAAACGCUGUUCCCACAACUUGGAAGGAAUGGACGCAAUGUCACAGCAAACCUGGUCCAGGAAUCCAGGGAGCUUGCUAAAUCUGUCCGUGCCCUUCUGGAAGUGGACCGUCUGCCUUAUGGGUGGGAGGAAGCUCACACAGCAGAUGGCAUCAAAUACUUUAUCAAUCAUGUAACACAGACCACAUCAUGGAUCCACCCUGUGACGAGUGCACUGAACUUGUCCUGCUUGGAGGAGAAUGAAGAAGAUUGCCCCAGAGACCCUCCCAAUCAAAAAAGCUGAUAGUUUAUUAUAGAGAAUAGAGCCAUAGGAUAGAGUGACAUCAUUUUCAAAAUAGCUUGAGCUAGUUCAGUAUGCAAUGGGGACAAAAUGUACACCACAUGCAGAAGUUGUGAAAUAGGGAAUAAUGAAUUUAUCCUGUUUGUUUAAAGCAAACAUCCGAUGUGUUUCCCGUGCCCAUUUCCUAUUCGGUUCAUUUCAGCAGUUAUCUAUAAGAUAAUCCACUGGUGAUAUGCUAAUCAUUUUUUUGAAAUAAUAGUCUAUUCAGAUUUUUCUAAAUGGCGAGGAAUUCAGUCUGCAAAAAAUUAUAUGAGCAAUUAUUUCUUCCUUUGGAAAUAAGCUGUAUGACUGAAAAUUGUUUUUAUUUAAAUCUCCUAUUGCAAAAGUAUAUGAAUGUUUUCACAUUUUCAUUGAAACACUAUUUGAUAAUACAUCAAUUCUUUACAUUU